AUGGAUGCUUUGUCGCUCAACCGAGCAGCUCUUGGAGAGUUUGUCACUACACGAGUGACUAGGGAAAUGGUUACACACUUGGCCCAACAAGCAGCUCAGGUCAUACGAUGUGAGGCCCAUGUGACAAACACUGUUAGCCAGAAUGGUCAACCGACACCACCAUCCACCCCUCCCAUGGAUGCCUCCGAUUUGCCCGCCCUUCCCUCAAUCGAAGCGUUCAUCGCAUCACUUGUCACCAGAUCGCAAGUCCAUGUGUCAACCCUCAUGAGCUCCCUGGUUUAUCUCGGCCGUCUUCGAUCUCGUCUGCCCCCAGUCGCCAAGGGCAUGCGUUGCACAGUACACCGGAUCUUCCUCGCCUCACUCAUCCUCGCCGCCAAGAACCUCAACGACUCGAGCCCUAAGAACAAGCAUUGGGCCCGAUACACCGUAGUGAAGGGCUAUGAAGGAUUUGGCUUCUCCCUUCCCGAGGUCAAUCUCAUGGAACGCCAACUCCUCUUCCUUUUGGACUGGGAUCUCCGCAUCACCGAAGAAGAUCUCUUCACAUGCCUCGAGCCCUUCCUGGUCCCCCACCGCCAGCGCUUGAUAGCCAAGGAACGUGAGCGCAAAGCCCAAGAGGAACACCGUCACAAGCAACAAGAACACCGCGAAUGGCGCCGUCUCCAUGCAUCAGCGGAUCUGCUGGCCAGCCGCCUGCGUCGCCAAAAGUUGGAAGCCCGUGGUGAACCGCGUCAAAACUCCCUCCGUCGUCUCCCAAGUCACGUCUCCUGCCCAACAAUGCACAACCUCCACACCCAGCACAGUGCAGCCGAACACGAGCGUUAUAACCCAUAUCCCCGCCGCACAUCCCCCAUCCGACCCAACCGCUCUCUCUCCCCACCUUCCGUCCGCGAUGUGCCUGCCCUUUCCCACGCAGAGACCUUCAACUCUCUCUGCUCACGCUCCUCCAGCGUCGCCCCAAGCUCAAGAGGCACCCCCGCCUCCAUCAGCACCGUCUCUUCCGGCGCAGACGACCUAACCUUCUCCGACCAAUCUCGCAGCCCAUCUUCCGUCUCCUCCCUGAGCUACAGCUACAUCAACGUCGGCCACAUUGAAAAGAAGAAGUCCUUCGAGCCUGCUCGCCAGCCGUCCAAGAAGAUGAAAGUCCACGCCCACAGCGGCGGCUUCGUUGCUCGCUUCCUUGCUUCUGCGACGAGCUCGUACAUGGGCGGUCGUCGCUCUCACUAA